AUGCCCAACCCCCUGCGCGAAAAGUCAAAUGGUCGACUCGUCCUCACUGUUCCCCUAAUAAUCUUCAUGGAUGAUAUCUCUGGGAAUGUGUCGAAGCAGUGGAACAAACACCAUGCGGUGUACAUGUCUAAUGCCUCCAUGCCGCGCAAGAUGCUUGAAAAGGAAUUCUGUGUUCGUUUUGUGUCAUCCUCGCCGCAUGCUUCACCCAUGGAGAUUGCCAAAGCCGUCAAAGAAUCAAUCGAGGCUGCCGCGGAUGAGGGCAUUGUUGCGUACGACUGCAAAUACAAAGAUGAGGUGAUGCUCAUCCCCUAUGGCCUAUUUGACGCAGGAGAUAACCCCAUGCAGGCGGAAGAGUGUAGCCAUGGCGGUUUACACUGCAAUUACUUCUGUCGCACAUGCAAAGUAGGAGGUACGACGUCUGUGAAACAGUCUGAUGAAGGGUAUCUUAAAUUAUUUGAGAUUCUCGAGCAGAUCGAGCUUUCAAAGUUGUCGGGUGGAACUACGAAAGUGCAGGCUGCUGUCUCGUCGACUGGCACCCAUGACACUACCUCCGCAUCAAUUGUGAACCGCCUCCUGGAACUUGGGAAGCGUCUGCGGAAACGAGAACCUGGCAAACCAGCGAUCAACGAACGAGAGGUCCGACAGACAUUGGAGAGGGAGUUUGAGGAAAUGCUGGGCGGUCUCCCUGUGGAAGAUCAUAUCAACCCUUUGCUUAGCAUGACAGGGCUCAACAUACAUCAAGACACACCGACAGAGAUUCUCCAUACCAUUCUCCUUGGCGUUGUGAAGUAUUUUUGGGGUCAGACUAUCUGGAUCCUCGACAAAACGCACCUCGUCAAGAUAUUCCAAACCAGAUUGGACAAUAUCAACAAAGACGGCCUUAAUUCACCCACUCUUGGUGCAGAGUAUAUCUGUCGGUACAGCGGUAGCCUGAUCGGCAAACACUUUAAGAGUCUUGCUCAGAUCAUGCCUUUUCUUAUAUAUGAUCUUGUUCCGUCUACUGUCCUGAAUGGAUGGGCCGUCAUUGGACAGUUGGUGGUCUUGCUGUGGCAUACGAGAAUUGAUGAUGUUGAGGAAUAUCUGGUACGCCUUCCCCAACCCUGA